CCCCCUCCAACCGCCACUAUUCAGUCUUCAAAGAUAUACAAUAUAAACAUCCCCACUCCAAGCUCCCCAAAUCACCACUCGGUCGAUUUGAACUAUAGCACUACGGCAUCGCCAGCUUCGCGCACCAGUUCCCUCACCACCGCCACCAUUUCAGGCUUAGACUUCCCAGUCUUCACCACGGAUCCUCAGUCAUCAUGGCUUCCCCAACCAUCUUCCAACCCGCCGGACCCAACCGAGCACCAGUCGCAACAACAACCACAACAGGACUUUGUCUUGUUCGACAGCCCGCAACCGCGUCACGGCCCUAGCCGAUCUACCAACCUUUACAGCCAACGCCGAGUCUCUCAGAUCAUCCAGGCUUCAGGAAAGCAAUCGUCUACUUCCGUCAACGCAAAUCGCUCCGGUCAACAACAAUACUUCGCAUCUUCCGCGCCCUCGUCUCCCGCCACGCUGAAUCACUCAUCUCGACCCAACAGACCCCCCGUGCCACUUUUCCAUCAGAGCACCGGUAGCGUCCCAACUGCCAAGAUGAUGAACGCAGCAGACGUCGACUUGGGCGAGUACGUCCCGUUCGAGGGCGAGGGCCACACGGCCUUCUCCUCGCCGGCGAUGCCCACCUCGUUCGAGUUCUCUGGCAGCGUUUCCAGCUCCGCCUCGAACUUGGGUACCGUCUCUCCCCAUGACCUUCUCGUCAACGAGCCCUUCAUGUCCGCUCCCAACUCGUCAGCCCUCACAGCGCUGACGUCGCCUUCCAUCAACGAGUCUCCCGACUUUGACCCGUACGAUGUAUCGCCUCACUUUGGCAGCGCGGAUUUCGAUGGCCCUCCCGCCGAUGCUUGGUACUCCUUGUUCCCCACUGAGGCUCCUCUAGCCGACGCGCAACCGCAGCUGCAGCAGCAGCCGCCCCGUCUGCAGCCGGCUAGCGUUGACAACUCUCCUGCUCAGCAGUCGGAUGACCUCAGCUCGUCUGAGCGUCCUCUGACUGGCACCCGGCGCAAGUCGGAUCAGUCCCCGCCUUCGUCCACUCGUCACUCGUCUGUCUCGGGCGUCAACUCGCGCAAGCGAGACAAGCCCCUGCCCCCCAUCAUCAUUGACGAUCCCAAUGACACGACUGCCAUGAAGCGUGCGCGAAACACGCUUGCUGCCCGCAAGUCAAGGGAACGCAAGGCGCAGCGACUGGACGAGCUUGAGGCGCAGAUUGCCAAGCUUGAGCAGGAGCGUGACCACUGGAAGAACAUUGCUUUGUCCAAGUGA